UUUCUUUCGCAUUUCACGGCAUGAAUUCCCGUAGUCAUCCUCCGUACGUGUAACUAAUGAUGCAGCUUUAGAGUUCAGCGACUUCAAAAUUCGUCCAGUCUUUUUUAAUCCACUCUCUAUUUCAUAUACCACCAGAGUGAAAAUAUAUCUUCACAGGGGUGCUUGACGCACCUCAGUCGCGCCCUCGAAACGUUAUGGACCAAAUGUCAGACUCAGCCCAGGAUACACAAACGACACCGAAUACUCCAGAAUUAUUGAGUGACGAGGUGAGGCUUCAUUUCAUGUCAUCAAUUUCAUUAUACAAGAGUAACAUUCUGACUUUCGACUCAAAAGAUUGAAUAUUAUAAUAUCAGCUCACCGCCAUCAACCAUCUCCACAAACACGCAUGAUAUCUCUCGUGCAAGAUAUCACAUGAAAGAGCUCGAGACAUUUGCAGUGAGGGUCGAAGAGGUAAAUCAAUUUAUAAACACUCACUUGUAUCACGGACCAUGAUGUUUUCCUUUUCCCUUUUGUAUUACUUGUGUCCUUUUCUUUCAUGGCCGUCGCUUUGGUCUUGGUGCACCAAUAACUUUCCAUAUCUUAUCUCUCGGUACAAAAUGCUAAGAUCCAAUGGAGGCUGCUGCGAGGGCUUUCCCCAAUCGUGGCCGGUCACGUUAUGCAGAAGUUCUAGUGGUCCUGAUAAAGUGGGAGGAGAGUGAUAUCGAUGCCCAACCGGAGUUCAAUGCUUUGCGUACUAUGUUCGAGAUAUGCUACGGCUUUACCACCGAUACGUGGUCGAUACCAUCGACGCAUUCGCAUAAUAAACUUAUGUUGCAGGCAAGUUAUCCAUCGUUCGGUACCACCCCAUAUGAUGUUGACAUGAUAUAGGCAGUGAACUAUAUCGAAAAGCAUGGGACGGAGGAUAACCUUAUCAUCAUCUACUAUGGAGGUCACGCGACCAUCAAUAAUUCUCGACAAGCCACCUGGUCUUGCAAUGAGGAUAUCUCCCAUGCUUCUGUGCGCUGGUCCGCCAUUCAAAGUGUUUUCGAAGAGUCAAAGUCCGAUGUGCUCUAUCUGUUGGAUUGUUGCUCUGCUGCAGGUGCAGCCCCAUCUGCUGGACCGGGUGUCAUCGAAACGAUCGCUGCUACUGAUUUCGAAACAUGGGCACCGGGUCCAGGUCGCUAUUCCUUCACGAAUGCUCUUCUUCACGUUUUAGAUGAAUGGAUGCACCGGUCCUCAUUUUCAGCGGCUAUGCUUCACAGCGAGAUUCUCUCUGUUCUUAAGCACGAGAAACCCCCAAAAUUUUAUCAUGGCGAUCCAUACAACCCGGAAAACAGGAAGACGCCAAUUUACAUACUCGCUUCCGAGGAUCCCAAAUCCCUAAGCAUUGAAAUAUGUCGACGCACUACUUCAGGCAAUAGUUGGGCUGGCACCUUGUCUUCAGGGACAGUGGACGCUACAGAUAUUUACUCCCCGGAAAACUUGCACGGUUUGACACCAGAGGGCAAGUUGGCGGUGCCACACGUGCUCAUAUCUAUUGCAUUAGAGGAGAAUCAAUUAGUGGAUGUAGAGGCCUGGCAUAAAUGGAUUCGGCAGUUUCCUGCGUUAGCACAAUUCGCCCUUGUGGAAGGUGUAUUUGCGAGCCAUUCCACUAUUAUUCUUCUCUCAUUGCCAGUCCUAAUAUGGGAUAUGCUUCCAGAAAAUCUAGCGGUAUCUUUUGUGGCAUUCGUGGAAUCUAGAAACCUUCUAUCUCAAAUAUCUGAAAAGCUGGGCGUGGAAGUUCAAAAACAGCAGCAGCCGAAGGAGUUCCGAGGUAGACCAGAUUCAGACACGCUCCAAAUUCCACCCCCGUUACCCCUCAUUCAACAAAUUGAGCAAGCUCUGCAUAAACAAAAGCAACAAACGAUGAAGGAUUGGGAAACCCAUUUUCAAAAGGAAAAAGUGCGUCUUGAAGCAAAAGUUCAAGAUGCUCGCGACGACGCUCAGAAGAAAGAGGUAGAACUUUUGCAGGAAAGAAAUCACAGAGAGAUGUUGGAAAAGGAUAUCAAGGAGAUGGAAAGAGAUAUGAAGGAGAUUAAGAAGGAAAGCCAAGUUAUAAAGGAGGAAGCCAGAAGAGCGUGGGAAGAGCUGGGUCGGUAUGAGCGUGAAGAAAGAGAUAGAACAAGAAUGCUCGGGGAUGGUCAACCAACCACCAUUGGUAGAUUUCAAGUUAUCCCGAUGGGCCCAAUAGACGGCUUGAAUCCGAAGGACAAUAGGGGACGUGUUCUUGGGGAUGUGGCUGCUUGGGUGGGAGACGUCAAAUCCGAGACGUUUCCAGUGCCUAAUGGGCGGGAAGGCGCAAGAGCAACGGGACCUCCCGAUCUAUUAGUUGAACGACAAUAUCAAGAGCUUGAGGGUAUUCAGGUAGCAGGACCAAAAUAUCCAGCGAAGCAUCCUCAGGAAACUCAUCCUAAUCACUCUGUUGAAUUAUCCUCGCCCAUCCACGAUAAAACUAAUGAUGUGGCAUUUGAUGUUCCCCUGCCUCGCCCGCCACCAGGAUUAGCCAAACCAAAAUCCAACGCUUCUCACCAAAAAUUUAUCAAAGAUGAAAAAAGCAUUGCCUCAUUCAAAUCCAUUGCUAGCGGAGUGCUAUCGCCACCCGAUAGCGUUGGGAGUGAUGAGAUAGACGAAUCGACCCACGAGGAAUACGAAAGUGCCUUGAGUGGUGCUGGUGAUGAAGAUUUCGGCAGAGGAGACCGCGGGUCUGUGGAUUAUCUUCAAGAGUUUCUUGACGCAGGAGAUGAUGCACCUUGGAACCUUCCCCGGCAAAGUAUCAUAGAAGGCAAUGGUCUAUUACCUCAAGACAACAGAGAUAACCGAAGCAAGAUACCGGAGAAAGUAUUUGAUCCAGAUCAGGUCACCCUUGAGCCCAAGUCUUAUAGAGCGGAAAGCAAACACGAGCCCACAAAACCGAAAGAUUCACACCCCACCGCCUUACUUGAUUGGGAAAGACGUGGGAUGCAGCAAAAGUUGGCUGAGCAUGCGCUGCCGAGACCUAACGCAGAAACCGCAUUAGAGCCUACUAGCCCUGAACCUACGAAAGUCAAAGAUGUGGACCCCUUUACCUUACAAGCCUUGGAGAAGGGCCUAGCGCAGGAAGUGGUUGAGCGCGUUUUACCAGGAGAUGUUACCCCGCCUCGUACAAGUCUCGAACUCACGCCAAGAACAGAUGUUGGUCCUCUGACGUUACAAGCACUCAAAACGUAUGAGACAUUACAAGAGGAACAGGAGACGCAUCAAGCCACAAGACGACCGGAGCGGCCAGUCGAACAUAUACCCAACAGGCUUUCACAUAUAACUGAAAGAGAUGGUGACUGGGAGCCCAAAAGCCCUGGCCAGUUAAACUCAAUAGGCAGUCCACAUUCAAAGCGCAGGGACGAAAAGGUUGGAAACAAAAAGGCAAUGGCUUCAAUGGAAGAGGCUUUCAAAAUACUAAGAAUCCCCGAAAUGGAAGAAUUGAAAAAGGAGCCAGAGAUGACGAGGAAGAAUUCGGAUGGUUCUGGCACAGGCAAAGUUCCUUGGGACAGCGAUGAAAAGAGCGUUGGGAGGACCGAAUCAGUGAAACAUAGCAAAGGAAAGAGUAGCACGAAAAAGGCGUUUGAAGCGGUUGAUGAUGCUGUCAAGAAGGAAGCCGAGGCACUGAAGAAAAAAGAGGAGGAAGCUGAAGAAGUGGAAGCUUUAAUGAGAUUGAGAAAGGGACAAAAGGAGAAGAAACGCAAAGACGAGGAAAAGGAAAAGCCAAAACGAGAUGGAGAUGAGAAGGAUGCCGCAAAAGCAUCUUCAGGCCGUGAUGCAGACCCCAAACCUCCAAUAGUUUUGGGGCACAAGCAUGACGGCAAGGAAGUGUUAGUAGAUAGUGAAAAGGCGCUUUCGGCAGUUGAUGAUGCAAUUAGAAAACUGGUAAUACCAGAGCUCGAAGGACUCAAACGAACGGAUUCUCAUAAAAGUCACAAAAGUCACAAAAGUGUGAAAAGCCAGAGGUUCGAGAGAUCAAAGAUGAGCGAGAGCACAAAUCAAGAGCCUCUCCCAAAACGUGAUGAAUCUCCAAUCAAGGAAAAGGGCCAUCACAGACAGCAGUCAGUACCAGGAUCCGGCGACAACCCUGCUAGAGAGACAAAAGAAACGAAUCCGAAGUCGCAGAAAGCGACCCAGGUCCAUCAGCCAAAAGAAGGGGAGAUGAAUUCAAACUUCCCCCUCCAGAAACAAAAGAGUGAUAGAGGCUUAUGGUGGAUGGAAAGAAAACCUCCUAGCCAUCAACGAGAAGAACAAACCCGAGAACAUUUGCCACCAUAUUCACAGAAGGACAAAGGAAAAGCUCAGGAUAUGGCCUUGGAUCCUGUUCCCACGCCGCCUCUCGAUUUGUCACCAGAAGCAGAGGACAAGCACGAAAUAGGCCUUCUACCUCAUGAAAUAGAUGUGCACACUUGGCGAGGGUUUAAGUUUGCUAACAGAGACGUCACACCAUCCAUGUCUUCUCUUCCCACUGCUAUGCCUCGUUCAAGCCUCAAUACUAGCACAAUUGCAUCCAGCCCCAACAAUCCAUGGUCUCAAUCAGAGAAUUCUUUCGGCACUGUCCUCCCACAGCGUAACUCACUAGAUUAUUCACGCGAUCCACGCCUCUCAUUGGAUUUUUCACGCAACGGAUCCCCUCACAGCCAAGCUUCUUCUACCAGUAAUCGCAACAUCUACAACCAAUUCUCACCACAUUCCGAAGAUCGUGAACGUCCUUUUUCCACCCCAACGAUCCCUACACCCCUUGCUAGGGUACCUUCACCCCCUUACCAACAUCCUCGCUUUAACUCAAACCACAACGCGAAUAACCCCUACUCCCAAUUCGCCCAAUUCGAACAAUCCCUCUCAACGCCCACCCUACAACGAAUCAAUACCGGAUCAUCCUACCACUCUCUAGACGACUCAGCUCGCAGCAUUCAAAAUGUUCCUACGAGCACAGCUCGCAGUAUUCACAACGUUCCUCUAACCAGCCAUCCAACUCUCGCACCCGUCUUCGCGCCAUCAACAUAUAAUCAAAAUCACCAGCACGCCCCCCUCUCAGCCGUAGACCCGAACUCUAACCCAAAACACUCCUUCACCUUCACCACCGCACCCCAGGGUCCUUCAAUGCACCAAUCCCCACCUUUUUACCCGGCCGAAUUGCCGGCAUUCCCGCAUUCUCUUCCAUUAUCUCGCUCAAAUUCGAAUUCUAAUGCGCAGCCCCCACGUUAUCUGCAGCCGGAUAGAGAUAGAAGAGAAGGUAGACUUUCAAGUCAAGCAUCAUAUUUGACACAGCCGCUUCCAUCGCCAUCGCCAUCGGAAACAGAAACGCUGUUGAAGAAUCUUAUAUUACCAGAAUUAGAGACAUUAGAGAAGGGUGAGAGGGCUAGAAGGGAGGAGGAGGAGAGGAGUAGGAGGGAGUGGGAGAGGGAGUUUGGCAUAUUGUGAGGAAAGAAGUUUUAGCGGGGAGGAAAGGAUGAAUUUUGGGAGAGGAAUAGAGUAGGUAGUUAGCUAGCUAGAUCGGAAAUUGUCACAAGUUGGAUAGAAUGAGAAUGAGAAUGGAUAGGAUGAAUGGAUUGGACAGAACAGAAAUCAUACAUAUACAAUUACGGAAAGGGAGAGAACGCAACAGAACAGACAAGAUGACAGUAAUCCUAAAUAUUUAUUAUAACUUAAUAGUUUAAUGGCAAACAAGUUGGUUAGAUCCGA